AUGAAAGAAGAAGGAAAAAACGAGAACUCGAGCCAUGGCACUGGAGGAAAAGAGGAAAAAGUUUUUGACCAAGCCAAAGUAGAUAAGGAUGACGGAGAUUCCUUUUUUGAUGACAUUGAAGCUGCAAGUUAUGAGCGGUAUAGGGAAGGCAAAGAGUACAGGCCUAUAAGACAGGUGAUAAUAAUAGAGAGAGAGCCUACUCUUGGAGAUGUUCUGCAGAGGAUAGCUGUUAUAUCAGUAUAUGCGCUUGUUAUUCAGACCUUCUUUUCAGCAUGGAAGAAAAUCAACAAGAAAACCCAUGACAUCUGUGUUUUCUUGAUACUCCUAUUGUUUCCUCCAGGUUUCUUUUUAUAUAUACAGUCAUACUUCCUUCCCUUUUGCUGGUUACUAUUUUCCAGCUUUAUGCUUUUAAAUACUCUUAAGGUUGUGAAAGGGUCUUUUGGAAAGGACGUGAUGAGAGAUAUCUAUGGGGUAUUCAAAACACUGUUCAUCAUCUCAAACCUAGGGACUUUCCUAGGACAGUCUCUUACCUUUAUGUUUUUCUAUCUGAACCCAGAAUACCUAGGGUACACUCUUUCUAUCUUAUUGUUUUUCCUGUAUUUUGGGCUUUUGAGUAGGGAAGUAAUCUUUUUUUUAAGCGAGACUAUGGCCAUCUCUACAGGAUUUUACAGCAAGGAGGGUGUUCCAGGUAAGGGAAACAACAACUCUCUUUGUAUGAUAUGCACAAGGUCGUUUGAUGGAAGCGAUAGGAUACAUACCUUGGUGUGUACUCAUUCCUUCCACGAGGAUUGUAUAAAGGGAUGGUGCCUACUCGGUAAAAAACCUUUCUGUCCAUACUGUAAAAAGAAGAUAGAAAGUUCCUCCCUACCUCCCGAGCUAUGGCACAAGACUGAGGUAUGGUUUUAUCCACUAAUCAACACACUAAGGAGCUUUAUUGUCUUAACACUAGUCCUAACAGCAAUAAUUCUAUAUAAGAUAAAAUACCAGUAA